AUGGCGCAAAGUUUAUUUGUAUUGAUGAUUAUAUCAUCAAUACAAAUAUGUUGUGUAAAGAAGAAGAAGAAGAAGAAGAAGAAGAAGAAAAUUAAUGCAAAAACAGCUAAUGAAACUGAUAUGGUAGUAAACGCACGAAAGAAUACAGCUGAUAACACUGCGCAAAUGGCUAAGGAAACAAAUUUACGAAAGAGUAAAGAUGAGCGUAAAAGAGAUGAUCAAACUCAAGCUGAAGAAGGAUCUGAAAAAAGUGACGAAGAAAGAGCAGAUAUCAUACCGAUGAAUAAAGUUGAAAAUCUGGGCAAUAUUGAUGAAGUUCGCAAGGAAAAUAAAUUGGAAAUGGAAAAAGCAGCAGAAGAGAUUAAAUCAAUCCAUGAAAUGGACGAUCAGAAACCGUUCAAUGUUAUGGCAUAUUCAAAUUUGCAUGUUAAGAUUAAAGAGAAUAAAUGCAAGCUUUAUGAGACGAACGAUGAACCAACGAUUGAUGAGGAAGUUGAAGAUCCGCUCAUUUAA